GAUUUAACAAACAACAACAAAUCCUCUCCGUUUUGACAACAACGCGCUUUUUUAUUGUUUAUGCAAAAAGUAACGCAUCGGCAUGGACAUACUUUUGGCCAACGUCAACCACCUGCAAUUUAAGGCGGAGCGCGACCUUAUUGAGCAGGUGGGCGCCAUACCACUGCCGUUCUAUGGCAUGGACAAAUCUAUUGCCGCCGUCUGCAAUUUCAUUACAAAGAAUGGCCAGGAAUGUGACAAAGGAAGUGCCUGCCCGUUCCGGCACAUACGCGGUGAUCGUACCAUUGUCUGCAAGCACUGGCUGCGCGGUCUCUGUAAGAAAGGCGAUCAAUGUGAAUUCCUCCACGAGUACGACAUGACCAAAAUGCCGGAGUGUUACUUCUACUCCCGCUUCAAUGCCUGCCACAAUAAAGAGUGCCCGUUUCUGCACAUUGAUCCGCAGAGCAAGGUGAAAGACUGUCCUUGGUAUAAACGCGGCUUCUGUCGCCAUGGACCUCAUUGUAGGCAUCAGCACCUGCGUCGCGUACUUUGUAUGAAUUACCUGGCCGGCUUCUGCCCAGAGGGACCCAACUGCAAGCAUAUGCAUCCGCGCUUUGAACUGCCGCCACUUGCAGAUCUAAGCAAAGAUCAGCUACAUAAGAAACUACCUACAUGUCAUUAUUGCGGUGAGCUUGGUCACAAGGCAAACUCGUGUAAGCAGUAUGUGGGAAGUCUGGAGCAUCGCAACAAUAUUAAUGCCAUGGAUCACAGCGGCGAAAGUAAUGAAGACGGUGUUCCUAAUCAUCCGCCGCCACCAUUUGUGAAAGUACCCACGCCGCUGGAGGAGAUCACCUGCUACAAGUGCGGACACAAGGGUCACUACGCCAACAAGUGCCCCAAGGGUCAUCUGGCGUUCCUCUCAAAUCAACAUAGUCAUAAAUAGUACUAAGAGAACCGCGAAAAUCAUUUAACCUGUUCAAGCAUAACAUUAAAAAGUUUAA